AUGUUUCGCUCGAACAACCGCUCGGAGUCGCCCUCGGGCUUCGAGUCCAGUGCCAAUGGCACCCAGGGCCUUGGAAUCACAAGCGAGCCGGACAUGAGAACUCGGUUACUGGAAUCCUAUGAUCGUUCGGGUCCAGUGUGUGGUGAAAGGCGCUGCAGUCAUGGUACAUUCUCUCCGCGGCCGGAGGGAGCAGAAAGACACUCGUACCUCGGAAAUUCGGGCGGUGAUGGAUACCUUGGAGUGGGAGAUGCGGGUGCGGCGUCUGGCCAUUUCCAUGACGAUCUGUCCGGGUCUCGCGCAGAAUCGGAGUACAUGUCGCAAAUGAAGUCUCUCUCGGCUCUGUCAAUGAACGAGUCUAAAAAGCAGUACAUUUCCUACUACAUUCCGCUUUUCAACUGGAUUAGACAGUAUCGCUGGUCGUUCGUUCGAGGAGAUCUGAUAGCUGCGCUGACGGUCUCUUCCAUUUACAUCCCAAUGGCUUUAUCGUUGGCCUCUAACCUUGCCCAUGCGCCUCCCGUCAACGGCCUCUAUUCAUUUGUCAUCCAUCCUUUGAUCUAUGCCAUCUUGGGCAGCUGCCCUCUUCUGGUGGUUGGACCGGAGGCGGCUGGCUCGCUUCUCACGGGUGCUAUUGUCAAGGCCAGUGUCGGUGGCAGUGAAGCUGGCGAUGACAACAGCAUGGAAAGUGCCAUCGUCAUAGGAAUAGCCACUGCAAUGACCGGUGCCAUGAUCCUGGUUGCCGGGUUGACCCGACUGGGCUUCCUGGAUAAUGUGCUCAGCCGGCCCUUCCUGAGGGGAUUCAUCACUGCCAUCGGCUUUGUGAUCUUCGUGGACCAACUGAUCCCAGAACUGGGACUUGCGGACAAGGCAAAGGACUCCGGUGUCAGCCAUGGCACCACGGUUGGAAAGCUUGGGUUCAUUUUUCGCAAUGCGCAAGACAGCCACCUACUUACAUCAGUCGUCUCUCUGGUCAGUUUCGGAAUUAUCAUGCUGUUCAGGACAUUGAAAAAAUGGAUGUUGCCGCGCUAUCCUCAAGUGGUCUACUUCCCGGAUCGUUUUCUAGUUGUUGUCCUGUCGGCAAUCCUGGCAUGGCGUCUCAACUGGGAAGACAAGGGACUCGAACUGCUUGGACAUACCGAAAUCAGUUCGAACAGGCUAUUUGCCUUCCAAUGGCCGUUCCAGUUCGGACACAUGAAGCACAUUCGCACGGCCAUGAGCAAGGCAUUCAUCAUCACCCUGCUUGGCUUCUUCGAGUCUUCAAUUGCAGCCAAGGGUUUGGGUGACGGGAAACCGGAUGGCAUCCAGGACAUGCACAUGAGUGCGAAUCGAGAAAUGGUAGCGCUGGGCGUUGCCAAUCUCGUUGGUGGUUGUUUCAUGUCCUUGCCAGCCUUUGGUGGAUACGGUCGAAGCAAGGUCAAUGUACAGACGGGAGCACGAUCUCCGAUGAGCAGCAUUUUCCUCAGCGCCAUCACACUAGUGAGCAUAUUGGUUCUCCUACCAUAUCUCUAUUAUCUUCCGAAAGCGGUACUUUGCUCAAUGAUCUCCGUCGUGGCAUACUCACUCGUUGAAGAGUGCCCCCAUGACUUGAUAUUCUUCCUCCGUCUCCGAGGAUGGACCGAGCUCAUUCUCAUGCUCCUCAUUUUCACCGCCACUAUCUUCUACUCCCUUGAGCUCGGAAUGGCUCUCGGCAUUGGCCUCUCCGUCAUCAUCCUCAUCCGCCAUUCCACCCAGCCUCGCAUCCAAAUUCUAGGAAAGGUUCCUGGCACUGAAGCCCGCUUCGAAAACGCCGAACUUCAGCCCGCAAACGUCGAGCUCAUUGAGGGCGCAUUGAUCAUCAAGAUCCCCGAACCUCUUACCUUCGCCAAUACAGGCGACCUCAAGAGCCGUCUUCGCCGCUUGGAGCUCUACGGCACCAGUCGGGCUCACCCAUCCCUCCCUCGAGUGCGCCCGCCGGAGUAUAACAAAAAUAUUAUUUUCGACGUGCAUGGUGUCACGAGUAUCGACGGGUCCGGAACCCAGGUUCUUUGUGAGAUCGUGUCUGCAUACAGAGAAAAGGGGACCCGAGUUUUCUUCUGUCGAUUGCCUAACGCGAAGGUAUUCGGUAUGUUCGAGCGAAGCGGCAUCGUCGAAGAAUGCGGCGGCUUGGCCCAUUUUGUGCCUAGUGUUGAUGAGGCAAUUCGGUUGGCGGAAACGGAAGACCAGACGCCUGAACUCUAG